AUGACUGUUGAAAUUACCCUUUACUAUCUGAGCGAGAAUGUGAGCAUCCAUGAUCCCGAGAACGUGUGCGCCCAGGAUGAGCCGAGCAACUCCGAGGCAGCUCAAAAAGCAAGCUGCACCAAGUGUGGCUCGCGGCUUUGGACAAAGAACAUCAUUGCUCCACACAUGAGCCGGUUCACGCUUAUUCCAAUCGAAGUUCUGGGGUUGGAUCCUUCUAACUUAGGAGGUAGAGAGCACCACAUGAAGAGAUUGGUGGAUUACUAG